UUCCUGUCUUCACACAUUGAUGAAGCCAGAAUCCAGCAGUGGGGCUGUUGCUGUUCUCUCUCCUCACAGGGGGCUAAUACGACCCCUUUUGUUUUGAAAUGGCUCUGUUAUCGGUCCACUGAAGGUUCCCAUGUAGAAUAGUUCACAGUUGGUGUGGCUUCCCAACUUGGUAACGGGAUGGACCAAGAAAAGCGGGAUAAGCUGUCUGAGUUGGUGGAGGAGUUGACUACCUCUGGAGAACCACAGCUCAAUGAAGCAAAAAUGAAAGAAGUUAAAAAGAUUUGCAAAAUCUCCAACGACUACAUCGACCAUUUCUAUCACCUCAUCAUGACCCAGCUAAACCAGGAUCACGCUGAGAUUCGCCUCUCUGCCUUCCAGAUGGCGACUGAGCUUUUCAGCCGUUCUCAUCACUUCAGAGUCCUCCUCGUAACUAACCUCCAGGAGUUUUUGGAACUAACGGUAGAAACAGACAUUGAGCAGCCACUGCCGCCGCCUAAAGAAGUGGCCAAGAAGCUCAAGACCCAGGCCAUCCAGACUGUGCAGGCAUGGCAGGCCACAUAUGGAGAUGCCUACAAGAAGCUGGCAUUGGGCUAUCACUUCCUCAAGCAGGUCAAAAAGGUGGAUUUUCAGGAUGUUGAAGCCAGAACGCUGGCUGAGCGAAAGAGACAGGAGGAGAAACAGCAGAGACUUGAGAGAAUUUAUAAGGAGAAGCUUGAAAAGGCAAAGCAGGAGAUGGAAGAAAUGUACUCUGAGAUCGAGGAAUCCCUGACUGAGAUCAACAACUGCAUGACGUUGCUCAUGCCAGACAACUUCAAUCUGUUUAGCACCGAGCCGAACGCACCCAGCAGCAGGGCAACCUCAGCAUGUGCUGAGCCUGACCGAGACAUGGGUGUCUUGGAUGAACAGCCAUGCUGCAGCAAAGACCUGAGCAACUGGGGUGAUGAAAGGAUGGCAGAGGACACCAAAAAUGAUGAGGAGGAAGAGGAGCCUGGCGAAGAGGCUGAUAUGGAGGAGGGUCCGGAUGGGGACAUGUUUAUCCGCAGCACUGGGCUGAUGUCUCAUACCUAUCGGCUUGACUUGAAUGUGUCUUUAGAUUUGAAUGUGAAGGAGACUGAAGAGAAUGAGGCAGUAGUGAACAAUAUAAGAGACCUGCAGAGACUCAUCAGCAGCAAACACCUUCCUAUUGUCCAGUCUUGGAUUCAGGUUUUCACGAAGGUUGGUGUGGAGGAGCAGCUGAUGAGGCGAGCCACUGACCUCAAGAAAUCUCUUGAGAAAGCUUUGAGGAAACACGACGAGCUUCAUAUAGACUACAAAACAAGACGGAGAAGAGUGAUAAAAGCCGGAGAGGAAGAUGACGAUGACGACGAUGAUGAUUUUGAGGAGGUGCCAGAGAAGGAGGGUUAUGAGCCACAUAUCCCUGAGCAUCUGCGAGCAGAGUAUGGUCUUGAUCCAUUGCCUUCCACGUCUACCUCUGUGGCCAAACCAAUCACAUCAAAACCUGUGGUCAGGCCUGCUGCUCCUCCCAUGCCCUGGACUCUUGCCCGACUCGAAAAGAAGCAACGUGACGAGGAGGAGGACCCCACGUGUGCAGCUGCCACUAUCCGUGUCCUAAAAGAGAGACUGCCCUCUGAACCAUCUGCAAGUGCGUCUGGAGGCUCUGCUGAGGCCACUGCAGGCAGCAGUGAACAGGGGAAGGAGGCAGGGAAGGCUCCUGUUGUUCCGUUCGGAGUGGAUCUCUAUUACUGGGGAGAGGAACAACCUACGGCUGGCAAGAUCAUCAAGAACAUCUCUCAGCACCAGUUCUGGGUGCCACAUGAAGUGGAGGAGGAGGUUGAGAACAAAGAGCUGUCUGCGCAGAUGAAGUCCAGGUACAUCACCUUUGCUGGCCGCUUCCAGCCAGUGGGUCACAAGUGCAAAGCUCCAAUGCCCAACGGCUCACUGUGUGAACGCCAGGACCGAGUCAAGUGUCCAUUCCAUGGGCUCAUAAUCCCUCGGGAUGAGCUUGGAAGGCCAAUUAAUCCAGAAGACGCUGCUCGUCUUGAAAAGGAGGAGAGGAAACGUUUGGAGGAACAGCCGGAUUGGCGUGAUCCAGAGCUCAUGAGGGAGAUUGAAGCAGCUACAGGCGAAGAUUUGGGCUCCUCGAGAACGUAUGGAAAGGGAAAAAAGGCUGGUAAAGGAAAGGGAAAGAAGAGGAAGCACCCCAACCUCACAGACCUGAAACAAACUGCCAACACGUCUCGCUCAAGGCUGGAAAAGAAGGUCUUUAAUAAGAGCUCCAUGAGGCGAACAGCGGAGGUCAUGAACAAGUUGGACAAGAGGAAACACGAGAAAUUUGCAAACCAGUUUAACUACGCGUUUAAAUGAGCCGCAGUGAGACUCCUGUCCUCAGCACUGUGAAGCAUCGGACUGACUGAAGUGUCAAAAUAAUGCAGAUGCGUCUUCAGACAACUUUUCUGAAACUUUUGUAGCUGGACAAGUAUUUUAUACUUCUUGAUAUUGUUUUUUUUAAUAAUUUAUGAUUUUAUAAACUUCAUACUGGAUUGUAAAUAUUAUGUAGCAAGUGUGAGGUUUGACUACACUAAAAAUGUUUGCCGUGCUGUUUUUGUUUGCUAAAAUACUCAUGAUUUAACUUAUGGUUUCAAGAAAAAACUGUGUAAUAAACUGUCAUUUUUUUGUCAUUUUUAAAAUACUCAAAUCACUGCUGUCUGAACAAAACUUCAUAUCUCCAUUUUUGUUGUUUUUCAGUUUUUGACAGAAUUUAAAAAUGCCUGUUGCUCUUUACAUUGUGUGUAAAUUUCAUGAUGAAUGGACCAAAAGAAACAACUCAAAAUGACUUGGAAAGACGUCUGGUUCCAUUGACUUACAUUAAAAGUAGAGUAGGUUUUUUCCUUCUCCUGUAAAGUUACCAUUUUGGAGAUAUCAGGUUUUCUUCCAACAACAGUGAUAUAUUACUGUAAUUUAACUUCAUAAUGUUUCAUAUGAUGGUUGCCAUGUUGGUCAGUGCAUUAUUCAAUUCUACCUCUUCCAAGGUGCUUUUUGUCCUGGGUGCAUGUUAUUUUAUGUUUUGUCUGUCUACUCUAAACCUUAAAGUCUGCUGUGGUGCCUUUUGAACUUGCAGUCUUGUUUUGUUCCAUUUGAGUUUUGAAAGAAAGCUGUUCAUAA